GCGUGCGCAGUCAUCAUCUAGUUGGUUUCUACAUGAAAUCCUCAUGUCUAUCAACUCAAAUUCAGAAGGCCCCAAUCCAGAUAUGAUCACUCAUUAUUCAGACCAAAUCUAGAUAACAAUCCUUAAUCCAUAAAUCCCACAAUUGGUUCACAUCUCCAACACAAGCUUCCAAACUACUUGGGAGAAGAAGCAGAUCUCGAGUAAGAGCCUGUUCAAGCUAAGCUGCGUGAUGGAGAAAAGUAUAGCUAACAGUACCACACCAGAUUGUUUAAAUGCUAUUGAUAUCAAAGAAGAGGCUAGCGUCGCUACGUUACUGAUGAACAUGGAAAAUGAAUUUGAUCCCUUUGACGCUCUGAGUACUCCGCUUUACCAGACGGCUACAUUUAAGCAGCCUUCUGCUAUUGAAAAUGGUCCUUAUGACUACACAAGAAGUGGGAAUCCUACACGGGAUGCGUUGCAAAGUCUUCUUGCGAAGCUUGAUAAGGCAGAUAGAGCAUUUUGCUUUACUAGUGGAAUGGCUGCUCUUACUGCUGUUACACACCUUCUCAAAACUGGCGACGAGAUUGUUGCUGGUGAUGAUGUGUACGGUGGCUCAGACAGAUUACUAUCUCAAGUAGUCCCAAGAUCUGGUGUUGUGGUAAAACGAGUAAACACAACUAGUUUAGACGAGGUUGCUGCUGCCAUUGGUCCCAGGACAAAACUUGUGUGGCUUGAGUCUCCAACUAACCCCAGACAACAAAUAUCUGAUAUACGAAAAAUAGCUGAGAUGGCUCAUGCUCAAGGUGCACUUAUGUUGGUGGACAACAGCAUUAUGUCACCGGUGCUCUCUCGCCCAUUAGAACUUGGAGCUGAUAUCGUUAUGCACUCGGCUACUAAGUUUAUAGCUGGACACAGUGAUGUGAUGGCGGGUGUGCUUGCUGUAAAAGGCGAAAAGUGUGUGUUUCUUCUACUUGUCUUUUCCACUAUCAAGUGUUUGAGAUCCUAUUACUAUUACAUUUGUAUUCUUAAAAUUUCCAGAUUGGCAAAGGAGUUGUACUUUCUCCAAAACUCUGAAGGUUCUGGUUUAGCUCCGUUCGACUGUUGGAUUUGCCUACGAGGAAUCAAGACAAUGGCUUUACGUAUAGAAAAGCAACAGGAAAACGCACGGAAAAUCGCAAUGUACUUGUCUUCUCAUCCAAGAGUGAAGAAAGUUUACUACGCUGGUCUACCAGAUCAUCCUGGUCACCAUCUCCACUUCUCUCAGGCAAAAGGUGCAGGGUCAGUUUUUAGCUUUAUAACAGGAUCGGUUGCGCUAUCUAAGCAUCUUGUAGAAACCACCAAAUACUUCAGCAUUGCUGUCAGUUUUGGGAGUGUUAAGUCACUUAUAAGCAUGCCGUGCUUCAUGUCACAUGCAAGCAUACCUGCUGAAGUACGCGAGGCCAGAGGCUUGACUGAAGAUCUUGUCCGAAUCUCUGCAGGCAUUGAAGAUGCUGAUGAUUUGAUCUCUGAUCUUGAUAUCGCCUUCAGAACCGGUCCCAUCUAGCUCCCCUUCUAGUCUCAGUUUUUUUUUUUUUUUUUUGUAUCUUGGAAGAAUCUGUGUAAGUAACCAUAAAACAUAAUUUGGUGUUUGAGAACACAUCAAACCAAUAAACUCGUUUUUGUUGGUUUUGUUCUGUUGCUUAUUUGGGGUUACAUCUGUAACAUACAAAUUUCAGAUAGUUGAGUUUCUUUUAAGUAAAACUUUUAAAAAGGAGUGAAACAAAAUUGUGAAAUGGGUUAUUUACCAUGUAUGA